AUGGGUUUCACCGACUUUGUUUCCGAUAGUGGCCUCCUCCUCUUGAACAACUGGCUCAGGACUCGCUCAUACAUCGCUGGCUUUACCCCAUCGCAGGCCGAUGUUGUGAGCUUCAAGGCUCUAAAAGAAGCCCCAAAGGUCGAGCAGUACCCCAAUGCCUACCGCUGGUACAACCACGUUAAGUCCUAUGAGGCUGACUUCUCCACACUACCCGGCGACCCAUCCAAGCCAUUCACCACUUAUGGGCCUGAUGCCCUCGCAGUGACACAGAACCCCAAGGACGCCCCUGCGGCCGAGGAGGAGGACGACGAGGUUGACCUGUUUGGAUCUGACGACGAAGAGGAAGACCCAGAGGUUGUUGCUGAGCGCGAGAAGAGACUGGCAGAUUACAAGAAGAAGAAGGAGGGCAAGGCCAAGCCUGCUGCGAAAUCCAUCGUCAUACUUGAUGUCAAGCCUUGGGAUGACGAGACAGACAUGAACCAGCUUACGCAGAAUGUCCUGGCCAUUCAACAGGAUGGUCUCACUUGGGGUGGUCACAAGCUGGUUGCCGUCGGUUUCGGUAUCAAGAAAUUGGAGGUCAACUUGGUCAUUGAGGAUGAAAAAGUCUCCCUGGAUGAGCUCCAGCAAAAGAUCGAGGAAGACGAAGACCACGUCCAAUCAACCGACGUUGUCGCCAUGCAAAAGCUGUAA